AUGACGUUAAUGAAGUUGCAGAACGGCCUCUGUAAAAGCAUGGAGAACAGUACGUUAAUAAGAGUGAGCAGAAUUCUGUACCGGAAUCCGAUUGUAGUUUUUGGUGGUCUAAUACAGUUUGAUGUCAUGCCGAUCACUGAUGAAACGACUAUGCAGAACAUGUUUCAAAUUCACCGGCAGACUCGGAUGCGACACCCACAGAUUGAGGUGUACAUUGAGUAUGAAACUGUAGAGGCAGUGGCGGUUCAGAAUGAUAUAGAUAUACAUGAUGAUAGAGGUGCAGUGUACGAAGGAAUGAAUAGUGACAGCGAAGAGGACUUCGAAGCCACUUAUGAGGCCGGCAACGAAGAUGAGGAUGGUGAUAUGGUAGUUGAGGAAGCAGCAGAGAAUGUAGUGGUUCGUCCGCCGAGCAGUCAACCGAUGGACGUUCCACCUUUUAUGCGUGAGUUGGAUCUCGAGGCCAUGCAUGCCCCCGAGUUUCCGGAAUAUACAAACAUAGGCGUUGCCGAUGCUGAGGAUGGGGAGUUCCGGAUUGGAAUGGAAUACAGUUCUAGAAAGUCGGUCGUCGCAGCGAUUAAAAGUUUCACUAUUGCUAGAGGAGUUGACUAUGAGGUGUAUGAGUCUGAGCCACAAAUGUUCUAUGCAAAAUGCAAGAUGUACAGGCGUGGAUGUGACUGGCUUAUCCAAGCUAGCUUGAUACGGAAAAAAGGUUAUUGGGAGAUACGAAGAUACAACGGUAGGCACACGUGCACGAUCGGAACGAUUUCACAAGAUCAUUCAAAGUUAGACUCAGAUACAGUUGCCGAUGCUAUAAGGCCAUUAGUCGAGACGGACCCGUCCAUCAAGGUGAAAUCUAUAAUUGAGGAAGUCCAGUCAAGGUUCAACUAUACCAUCAGUUACCGAAAGGCUUGGUUGGCAAAGCAGAAGUCCAUAGCCAACAUUUUCGGUGGUUGGGAGGAUUCUUACCAAGCCUUGCCAUGGUGGCUCUCGGCCAUGGUGCAGAAGAUGCCUGGUUCAGUUGUCCAAAUAGAAACACGACCACUGUACAACGGGAAUGAGGAGGCGCAAGGUGUAAAAAUACUUCAUCGUGUAUUUUGGAGUUUCAAUCCAUACAUUAGGGCAUUCAGGCAUUGCAAGCCCCUGGUUCAGAUUGACGGCACACACCUAUACAGAAAAUACAAAGGUACACUUCUAGUCGCUGUUGCACAAGAUGGAAACCAGAACAUUGUGCCUAUCGCCUUUGCCUUGGUGGAAGGGGAGACAGCUGAUGCGUGGCACUUCUUUCUCAGGAAUCUGCUAAUACACAUCGGCAGUAACUUCUUAAGGGCAUUCAAAGUCCCUUACUUGCAAAAGCUCGUUGUCAACAUAGGGUAUUCAAGAACGGUGGAGGAGUACAAUAUCAACUAUAAGAUGUUGGAAGAGCGAGGCGAGGCAUAUGCCAGGUGGUGCGAUGCCAUUAGACUCAGACAUUGGGUAUUGGCAUUCGACGAGGGACAUCGAUGGGGCCAUAUGACAACGAACCUUGUCGAGUGCAUUAACUCAGUGUUGAAGGGUGCCCGUAAUCUACCUGUGUUGGCGCUGGUCCGAGCAACAUAUUAUAGGUUAAAUGAACUUUUUACGUGGAAGAGUGCUGAGACUCACGAACGCAAGCGUGCUGGAUAUAUGUACUUCGCAUUUGCGCAACAGCGGAUAGAAGCAAGUAUGCAACAGGCUGGGAAUAUAGUUGUGCACCUCUUUGAUAGACGAAAUGAGGUGUUUGAGGUGCGCGAAAUGACUACAGAAAAGGUGUUAGUUGUUGAUCUUGCGCGACGGAGGUGUGACUAUGGGCACUUUCAGGUUGAACGAAUACCAUGUCGCCAUGUUAUUGCUUGCUGUGCUAACCAGCAUCUCGAUUGGCAGUUGUAUGUGCAUGAUGUGUACAAGAUGACGGAGGUCCGUAAAGUAUAUAGGUUUGAGUUCACACCAUUAGGUGAUCCCGAUACAUGA